AUCAUCCGGGUCACGUGGUCCAGUGGCUCCACCGAGGCCAUUUACCGGCGCUACAGCAAGUUCUUUGACCUCCAGAUGCAGAUGUUGGACAAAUUUCCCAUGGAAGGAGGACAGAAGGAUCCCAAACAGCGGAUCAUUCCCUUUCUGCCAGGUAGACCUCUACAGUCUGAAACUCCAAUUCCAGAGAUGACCCUCUUUGUCCUGGCCCUGCUAGCCUUGAUCCAGCUGCCCCCCUAUAUCUCUCAGUGCGAUGAGGUGCUGCAGUUCUUUGAGACAAGACCCGAGGACCUGAAUCCCCCCAAAGAGGAGCACACUGGAAAAAAGAAAUCUGGGGGCGACCUGACCUCAGUGGACCCCUUGGUCCUGGAGCAGUAUGUGGUGGUAGCCGACUACCAGAAGCAGGAGAGCUCGGAGAUCAGCCUCAGCGUGGGGCAAGUGGUGGAUAUCAUCGAGAAGAACGAGUCAGGUUGGUGGUUCGUCAGCACCGCAGAGGAGCAAGGCUGGGUCCCUGCAACCUGCCUCGAAGGCCAGGAUGGUGUGCAGGAUGAGUUUUCCCUACAGCCUGAAGAAGAGGAGAAGUACACAGUCAUCUACCCGUACACAGCCCGCGACCAGGAUGAAAUGAACCUGGAGAGAGGAGCCAUGGUGGAGGUCAUCCAGAAAAACCUGGAAGGCUGGUGGAAGAUCAGGUACCGCCUCUGCCUGCUGCCGCCAGCUGGGCGGACGUCCCCAGAGUACGCUGCCCUCGUCCACCUGGUCCAGGAUGGCCCACCACUAUUCCAGCUGAUAAAAAGGAAGAAGGAGAAGAGAGCUUUGCACGUGAGUGAAAUAAGGUCUCAUUUCUCCAUAGGAUCACCAAAGAUGAGGCAGAGACCCCCUCCUCGCCGGGACAUGACCAUACCUCGAGGUCUGAACCUACCGAAACCUCCCAUCCCACCCCAAGUGGAGGAAGAGUAUUACACCAUUGCUGAAUUCCAGACAACCAUCCCUGAUGGCAUCAGCUUCCAGGCCGGCCUGAAGGUCGAGGUGAUCGAGAAGAACUUGAGUGGCUGGUGGUAUAUUCAGAUUGAAGAUAAGGAAGGAUGGGCCCCAGCCACCUUCAUUGAUAAGUACAAGAAAACCAGCAACGCCUCAAGACCCAACUUUCUGGCUCCCCUGCCCAGUGAGGUGACCCAGCUCCAGCUUGGGAACGCAGCAGCAAUGGAGAACAGCACAGGCAGUGAAGCUGUGGGCCCCUCCCGGCCCCUGCCUGAGGCACCGCAUAGCGGUGUGGACUGUGGGAUGCCAUGGUCCAAGGACUGGAAGGGCAGCAAGGAGGUCCUGAGGAAGGCAUCUGCAGACAUGUCUGCAUCUGCAGGCUACGAGGAGAUCUCAGACCCUGACCUGGAGGAGAAGCCCAGCCUCCCUCCCCGGAAAGAGUCCAUCAUCAAGUCUGAAGGGGAGCUGCAGGAGAGGGAGCGGCAGAGGCUGGAGCAGCUCCGGGGCUCUUCACCCAAGCCCCCCGGCAUGAUCUUGCCCAUGAUCCCAGCCAAGCAUGCCCCCCUAGCCCGAGACAGCAGGAGGCCAGAGCCCAAACCUGACAAAAGCAAAUUGUUCCAGCUGAAAAAUGAGAUGGGGCUGGAGUGUGGCCACAAGGUGUUAGCCAAGGAAGUGAAGAAGCCCAACCUCCGGCCCAUCUCCAAGGCCAAAGCCGACCCACCAGAGGAGAAGCCAGAAGCCGUUCCCCAGAACCCCUUCUUGAAGUCCAAACCUCAGGUUAGGCCAAAACCAGCUCCUUCCCCCAGGACAGAGCCACCUCAGGGUGAAGACCAAGUGGACAUCUGUAACCUCAGGAGUAAGCUCAGGCCUGCCAAGUCCCAAGAGAAAGCCUCAUUAGAUGGGGAGAGCCACCAGGCUGUGGGGGGCCCAGAUCUGCCCUUCAGCCGCAGUUUCCUCCCAGGGGAGGGUCCCGGCCGCACCCAGGAGAGGACGGGCAGACAGGAUGGGCUGGGCCCGAAGGAGAUGGCCUCCAGGGCCCCUCCCCGGCCAGCCAAGACAGGAGAGCCUGUGCUUAAGAGUGUCCCCACCCCUCUCCAGGAGGCCCCCCAGCAGAGGCCUAUGGUCCCGCCCCGGAGACCACCACCACCCAAGAAAGCCUCCUCGUCACCCAGGCCCCUCCCAGAGGUCAAAGGACCGCAGCGUGAGGCCAGUGAAAGCAAGGCAGCUGCUGUCCCCGGCCGGGCUCUGCUCGUCCCUCCAAAAGCCAGGCCUUUUCUCUCCAACUCCUCGGGAGGCCAAGAUGAUGUGAGAGGCAAAGGCGUGUCAGGGCCGCGGAUGGUGAGCAGGAUCGGAGAAAGCAGGGAGAAAGUAGCUGCAUCCACUUUCCCCAGCACCGAUGUCCCGAAGGACUCGUUGUAUGUGGCUGUGGCCAACUUUGACGGCGACGAAGAUACCAGCAGCUUCCAGGAAGGGACUGUGUUCGAAGUCCAAGAAAAGAACAGCAGCGGCUGGUGGUUCUGCCAGGUCCUGAGCGGGGGCCCUUCCUGGGAAGGGUGGAUUCCUUCCAACUAUCUAAGAAAGAAGCCAUAG